AUGCCAGGUGUUCGUGACAUCAGUGCCGAGUCCUUCAUCAAGGCUUACUCAUCCCAUCUUAAAAGAUCCGGUAAACUCGAAAUCCCCACAUGGGUCGAUAUCGUUAAGACUGGUUCCCAAAAAGAAUUGGCACCUUAUGACCCGGAUUGGUACUACGUACGAGCUGCCGCCGUCGCUCGACACAUCUACCUCCGAAAACACGUUGGUGUAGGUGCCCUUGCCAAACUUCACGGAACCACCAACCGAAGAGGUACCCGAAGAUCUCACCACAGAGACUCUGCCACCGGUGUUCAACGAAACGUAGUUCAAUCUCUCGAGAAGAUUGGUGUACUUGAAGUUCACCCUGAUGGUGGUAGACGAAUCAGCCAAGAUGGAAUGAGAGAUCUUGACCGAAUCGCCACCGCCGUCCUUGAGACCGAGCGAGAGGAAGUAGAAUCUGAGGAGGAGGAGGAGGAGGAAGAUGAGGAGGAAGAUGAAGAGGAGGAAGAGGCCGAUGAGGAGUAG